AUCAAUCAAAAACAAACAAAGCAUUAAGCAUAUAGUUGCUAUACUAAGACUUUUUACUCAAUUUCUCAUUAUGUCUAUCAAAAAUGUGUUUUUACUUCUAGCGGUUCUAUGUAUCAUAGUUUCUGUAAAUGCUCAAUUGCCUCAGUUUCCGGCUCAACUUCCUUUUCUGUUUCCGUUCCAACUGAUUCCUGGAUUACCUGAUAUAACAAAAUGUUUCUCAUCCGUGAUGGAUAUUCCUGGAUGCAUUGCAGAGAUUUCUCAAUCCAUUUUCACUGGAAAGUUCGGUAAUUUAGGUCCGGCUUGUUGCAAAGCAUUUUUGGACGCCGAUAAUUGCAUACCGAAAAUUCCAUUCAUUCCAUUUUUUCCUCCGAUGCUAAAGGAACAAUGUUCAAGAGUUGCCGGUGCAACUCCUCCCAUACCAAAAUAGUGUUUUAUCUUAUUUUUAAAAUAGAUAACUUUUUCAACUUAUUUUUUUAAAAUUUUAG